AUGGAACAAUUUAAUGAGCGACCUUAUUUCCCAUACUCAUGGCACCAGUCGCAUGAUCAGGCCACUGUGCUUCUUAUGGUUCCUCAUAACACUCAGGACGACGACCUUUCUGUGCUCAUUGACCGAAAUUUCUUGAUUGUCGGUGUUCGAGGUCACCCCCCUACUGUGAAAGGUCGCUUGUACAGCACAGUUGACGUUGGAAGUUCUGUGUGGCAGUUGGAACCCCGAGCAUCACGACUCUCGGCUAGAGAGAGGACAACCUCGACGACGUCUACGGCAUCUACUCACUCCUCAUACGCCUUCGUAUCAGACCCUGACAUAUCCAGUAGCUUCGCUGCCUCACUCGAGAGUGGUCAAGUUUCAGAUGCCGAAGAUAUCUAUGCUCCAUCUCCAGCGCUUUCUUCACCUACCCUUUCUUCAGCCGAUGAACGUGCUUUUCCUCCACCACGGCGAAAAAACUACUCAAACAUCGCGACAUCACGCUCUGUUUCUCCGGGCCAUGCCGCCUUGAGAAGUAUGACGUCUUCAUUCUCGUCAUUGGAAUCGCUGCAUUCUCCUCACUCCGGAAGACUUCUGACAAUACAUCUAGAAAAGGAUGCCUCUAUCAUAUGGCCAUCCCUCAUCAUAGGUCCAGUCCCAGAAUCGUUGUCACCUCGUGCGGCCAAUUCUACGGUUUUUCAUGCUAGUCAGGAGCUUGAACACCAGUACAAUAUGGAUCCCACCAGUUUAGCUCUUAUUGCUUUGGAAUUGUCUGAUAUUCGGAAAGACAAAGAGGAAGCAUUCGAAUAUUUCCUUCGUGCAUGGCAUCAAGCACAUGUCCCGUCGGCAACCAUGCGGCUGGUGUCGCAUUAUCUGCCGCUCUCGACCACUUUCGACAUCACAGAAUCAGAUGGAUCAGCUACUCGGGGAACCCUUUCUUAUUACCUACAAUGCAUAGGCGAAUCGCGAGGCCUUGCUCGCUUGUAUCUCGAGGCAGGUCUUCUCCAUCUUGAGGGCGCCGCGUCUACCCUGCUUGCAUCUUCGUAUUCCAGUCUUUCCUCCAUCCGGAUGCCUUUACACUCUCAGAUUGGCGAGGGUGGGGCUGAGGCAUGGAAGCGCGAUCGUGAUGCCGCUGGGAAAUACUUUGAACGAGCACGUUUCUUGCAACCCAACCUUGAUAUUCCAUCCCUUCCUGCCGAAGGCGAAUCACCACCUCGCGGAGUGGGAGAAAGCCAAGAGCUUGAAAUGCCUUCCAUUGACAUAGCCUCUGCCCCAGAAAGUGUUCGGUCUGGGGAGACUGAUCCGGAUCAUGACAUUCCGACUGUUCGCAGACGGCGAAAGAAGGAAGAGAUGACACUUCUCGAUAACCGCAAGGCUGAUCUUGAUGAUUUGGACAAUACCUGGUACCUUUAUAUCCCCGGUUUGGUCGGCGCGGGGACGGCAUUGCUUGUUGUAGGAAUUGUAGGGGCGCUGAGCUUUUCAAACUGGUCGAGGAGAAAUCAAGGUUCAUAG